AUGACGGCCAUAGACGAAAAAAAAUUAAAUAUUCUCUCUCAAGAUCUUCUGGUGUACAUAUCACAUCUCGAGGAAUCUUAUAACCACAUAGAAGUGUCGGAGGAGAAAAUAAUCGUGCAGGAAUGGUUAUUUAUGAUCCUCGAACAUUUACACGAUGACUUGGAUUCGGCUCGUAUCCGAAACAUGGCGCUAAGUCAAUUGCUGAUGGACAUCGAAAGUAACAAACUGCGAACUCCGUUCAACGAGAGGCCAUCCUGCCGAGCUUACGCCGAGCUCGUCGCUUGGUUAAAGACUGUGUUGAAUCAAAACUCGUCCUUGGAAAAAGGAGAAGACGAAUUGGAAGAGGAACCUGAACCCGAGAACCGUGACAUGGUAGUUACUGAGUUUGACAAUUUGCUCUCUACUGACAAUCGAACCUAUGUGGCUAUCCGUACUUUACCGAACAGUGGUGGUGUGUUUGGUUACAUAGCUAUUACAAUGGGCGAUGGAGUUGAACCACAAUGGCUGGACUGCAAUGGCAAGCCGAUAUGUACACCGGUGCCGUUUAAUUUGAGCGUAGAAUACAUGAAGGCAGAUAUCGAUUUAGAAUGUUUGGAGUAUGAUGAGACGGACGCCAAACAGGUGUGGAUGGUUUUGAACAACAGGAAAUCAAUAUGUCUGAGAAACGAAUUUUAUGAUUUCUACAAAACUCUGUACGAAAGCGUCCAACAAGAAAUGGUGGCUGAAGCAGAUUCGUGUGUGAUCCGAAAAUGUAAACAUCCGUUCAUAAAUAAGUUACUUGAAUACCUCGUGGUCGACUUGAAAGCUAUUGGUAUGACUGAUCUAGAAAUAUUUAAUAGAAUCAGGUUGCUUUCCGUAUUGAAAAAGCAAAUCAAAUCCGUAAUAUGUGAAAUAGAGAAACGGACUGACAAUCUGGAAACCGCGUGGAAGUUUUCGACGAUUUCGCCUAUGGAUCCAUUACCAUCCAAAUGUUGUUAUGACUUUAUAUCAUCCGCUCUUUGGAAUGAACUACACCAACAACGACCCGACAAAAAGUAUAUAAAUUUACUGUCGUAUCAAUAUCCGCAAUAUUUUUUACCAAAAUAUUUUUGUGUGUUAAUGAACCAAAAGAAAAAGGCAUUAAACAUUAUCUCUCGUAGAUAUUGCAAGUUAUUAGAUGAAAUGUUCGAUGACUUGGGAGCUUCUAUUAUGGAAAAUAUGAUGAAGUACAAAGAAGCACAUUGGGAAUGGCAUGUGGCCCAAGAAGUUAUCGAUGCUUACAACAAAGAAAAGGCUUUUAAAGACAGUUUGUGUGCGGCUGAAAAUUCUAAUGAUGAUUCCACAGAAUCAUUCAUAACAGUUAUUUUAAACGAGAUAAACAUGUCUCAUCUGAAAUUAAAAUCAACAACGAAAAAGAAUAAUCAAAUGGCAGAACAAUUAACCGAACUGAGAAAUGAAAUAUUGGAAAAGGAACGAAUGUACAGACGAGUGUUAAUCCAAAUCGAAGAACAAAUAGAUAGAUUGAGAAAACAAAUCAACAUCGAAAAACGCGAUAUAAUAACAAGAGAAAUUACUAUUAAAGAGCUUCAAAGAAAACGUAAGGAACUAUUAAAAUAA